CAAGUUUAAGCAACAACCAUGGCAGCAACAUCAAGCGUAGAAGAUCAGUUUAGCUUUAACAGCUCUAGUUCCUCGGUUCAAGAGCUUGUCAAAGAGCCUAUCAAAACAAUCCCACAACACUAUGUUCGUUUGGAUCACCGGCAACUUGUUCUCUCCGCCCCUUACGGUGGCCAUCCCUCCCAAAUGCUCCCAAUCAUCGACAUGAAUCGAUUCGUUCCUGGGAAAGAUUUUGAUGCUGAACUCGAAAAGUUGCACUCCACGUGCAAAGACUGGGGCUUCUUUCAGUUGGUGAACCAUGGGGUUAACAGCUCGAUCUUGAAGGAGGUGAAGGAAGAGGUUGAAGGAUUCUAUAAACUUCCAUUGGAGGAGAAGAUGAAGUACAAGAUGAGGGAAGGUGAUGCCGAAGGGUAUGGGAACAUUGAGAGAGAUGAGGGGAAACUUGAUUGGGCUGAUAGGUUUCUUAUGACCACUAACCCUAUCCACAAACGAAAGCCUCAUCUCUUCCCAGAGCUCCCUUCAUCCUUGAGAAAUACCUUGGAAUCUUACAUCUUGGAAGUGCAAAGCCUUGGGAAGAAGCUUCUGUUAUUAAUGGCGGAAGCUUUGAAAAUGGAGGAGAGAGAAAUGACAGAGUGUUUUGAAGAUGGGAUGCAAUCGUUGAGGAUGACCUACUAUCCUCCAUGUCCGCAACCGGAGCUAGUGAUGGGCAUUACGCCUCACUCCGAUUGCUCUCUCAUCACCAUUCUCCACCAGCUUAACGGCGUCGACGGUCUUCAUAUCUACAAAGACGGCGUUUGGUUCCCCAUUAGCUUCCUCCCAAAUGCCCUCGUUGUCAAUGUGGGAGACAAUCUAGAGAUAUUUAGCAAUGGGAUGUACCGUAGCAUAGAGCAUAAGGUGGUACCAAAUGCAGAAAAGGAGAGAAUGUCAGUAGCCUUCUUCAUAAACCCUAAAUUUGAGGUAGGUGUUGGGCCAUCGCCUAGCUUGAUAAACCCUCAGAAUCCUCCAUUGUUCAAAAGAUUUAGCCUGGGCCAAUAUGUUAAGGGUUUCUUCUCUCAAAAGCUCAAUGGAAAAUCAUAUCUGCAACACAUAAGGAUCGCUGAUAAUGGAGAAGACAAAUCUGCCUGAUUUGAGUUGAACCUUCAAAAACCCUACAUUUAUACAUGUAAUAACAUGCUAUGUGUGAUGUGAAAAUAAAUGCAGCUUUGAUGUUAAAUAUAUGAAUUGAGAUGUGAGCCCAGCUGCUACUAUAUAUCUUUAGGGAUUCCUAAGAAAAAU